ACCACAAGGAAACAUGGCAUCGCAGGGUGGUGCACCACACACUCAAAUCCAACCCUCGUCACAAGGAUACAUGGGAUCCCAAGGUGAUGGAGCAGACAUCAAAAUCGAAUUUCAAUUCCAACCCACAUCACAAGGAAGCAUGGGAUCCCAAGUCGAUGCAGCAGAAAUCCACAUCGAAAGGGCCGUACCAAUGACAUCGGAGAAUCUGUUCGAGAAAGCUAUGAGAGGCGACUGGGAUUAUGUGGUGGAGGUGUUCGAGAAGAAACCGGAGAUGCAGAAUGCUUCUCUCACCCGAUCGAAUGACACAGCAUUGCAUAUUGCUGUCUCUGACAACAAAACUGAUGUUGUGGAGAAGCUCGUAGAGAUCGUGAAGAGAAAUCCUGAAACCAAGCUGGAGGAUAUGGUAGAUGGGCGGAAGGACACGCCACUCCACCUAGCGGCGGCCCAAGGGAACAUCAGGAUGUGCCGUUGCAUGGCGCAGAACAAUCUGAAUCUAAUCAAAGCGCGGAACAAGGACGGAGAGACACCACUAUUCUUGGCCGUUCUCCAUGGCAAGGCCAGUGCCUUCCUAUAUCUACAUGGAAUUGGCCAAUUGGAGCCCAGUGACAUCAUCCAUUGUAAAAGAAACGAUGGUGACACCAUUCUUCAUGUGGCCAUCGUUGGAGGAUACUAUGAUUUGGCAUAUAAAAUAAUUCAGAUGUUCCCACUCCUCGUUGACUAUUAUAAUGCUAAAGGGAAUUCAUGUCUCCAUCUUCUAGCUAAGCAUCCUUCAUCCUUUAGAAGUGGUUGCAACUUGGGACCAAUAGAACAACUCAUUUAUUACUGUAUGAUUGAUCCACUGAAUUUCGAGGUCAAGACGUCCAAGGAUCUAAAUUUCAAAAGUCCUAUUGUACCAGAGAAUUAUAAAACUUGCAUUGACUUCCUGAAGCUAUUGGAAAAUACAAUCAGGAUCAUUGUUGCAAACUUAAUGCCAUGGAGUACUCGCAAGAAAGUGACGGAAGAAAACGGGCCUGAUGCUACUCGUAGAUGUGCAGGUGGGAGCCGUGCGUGGUGCAUAAGGAAACUCAAAAUAAUAGAUAAAGAAAUAUCAGAUGGUAAAGGAGAAGGAACGCAAAUGGAGAGGAAUGGCCACAUAAAGGGGAAACUUCCAUUUCCCAUUAAUUAUAUCACGUUUCUCAAAUUCUUAGAGCUUGUUUUGGAAUUGUUGCUAGUCAUUUUCGGAUUAGGGUUCUUAAAAGUACAUAAAAUCAGAGACAAGAAACGAAAACAUGAAUGGGCAUAUAAACUCAUGGAGGAACUUGUGCGAAAAACUUCUCAUACGGACUACAAUAAUACAGGGGGAAAGCCCGACUCUCAUAACCAAUCAACAAUUAAGAGGAUUGUAUCAACCGAAACAGAAGAGCCAAACACUUCUCCUGAAGAAAGCAAACAAAUUAAUUUGCCAAACAACAAUAUGAAAGAAAAUGGUAACCCGCCUAUAGAAGAGUUGGUGAAGAAAAUUCUUAACAUUGCUUCAACAGAGAAAAACUCUGCGCCAGUGGAAGUGUCCAAAGAUGGUCAAAAAAAUGCUGUGUUUGUGAAAAUAGGGAUUACGGAGCCAAAUGAAUACAAGCUUAUAAUGGUCAUGGAUAAAGAGAAUAAACAAGAAGAAGGUAAACAGGAGACUCCAAUCUUAGUCGCUGCAAGAAUGGGGGUGAAGGAGAUGGUGCAAACUAUUCUGAAACAUAUUCCUGUGGCCAUUGAAGACGUUAAUCGAGAUGGCAAGAAUGUUGUCCUACUGGCUGUGGAGAAUAGGCAACCGCAUGUGUACAAGUUCUUACUAGAUAAGUACUCUUACAAGGAGAGGGUGUUUCAUAAACUGGACAAUGAUGGUAACAGUGCCCUACACCUUGCGGCAACAUGUGGGCAAAAUCGGCCAUGGCGUAUCCAUGGUGCAGCACUACAAUUGCAAUGGGAGAUCAAGUGGUACAAGUUUGUCAAAGGAUCAAUGAUUCGCCAUUUCUUCACGCACUACAACGAAAAGGGACACACGCCAAAGGAAGUCUUCACAAAGACGCACGCAGAAUUGGUAAAUGAAGGCAGCGCAUGGCUUACUAUUACAUCUCAGCAUUGCUCUGUCGUUGCCGCACUCAUUGCCACAGUGGCUUUUGCGACGGCCGCCACUGUGCCUGGUGGUGUGAUGGAAAACAAAGGUGUACCAGUGUUUGAAGGGCAGCUGGCAUUCGAUAUCUUUGCCAUCGCUUCUUUGGUUGCGCUGUGCUUCUCCGUCACCUCCCUGACCCUCUUCUUGACCAUCCUCACCUCCCGAUACCAAGAGGCAGAUUUCGGUAAUAGCUUACCAUGGAGAUUGAUUAUUGGCCUUACCUCUCUCUUCUUCUCAAUUGCUUCCAUGUUGAUAGCCUUCUGCGCUGGCCAUUUCUUUGUGCUCAAGGAGCAGCUGAAGUUCGCAGCCAUUCCAGUGUACGUGGCUACAUGCAUUCCGAUUUCAAUAUUUGCUAUUGCACAAUUUCCGCUCUAUCUCGAUCUUUUAAAGUCUACCUUCACGCCGAUACCGCAACGCACAUAUGAGAUAACUUCUCUCUGAUCUCUCUCUCUCUCUCUCUCUCUCUCUCUCUCUCUCUCUCUCUCUCUCUCUCUCUCUCUCUCUCAUGAUCUUUUCCUUAUCUUUGGCUUUGAAGGAUAGACUCCUGUUCUACUACAUACUACUUUGAUUGGUUGUGUUAUAUGUAAUGAAACAUAACCUUUGGUUUUGUAAUUUAUAAACCAGUGAUGCAUGGUUUUCGAUUUGAUAUAACAUAUAUGCUUCUACCUAA